UUAAGCUUAAAGUACAAUAUCUCUGUCUCUCUCCAUUUGUUGUUGGAAGAUGUUUUGUUAAGUAUUCUUCUAAUCUAACUUCACUUGUUUCAUACGUAUUCCCCUUAUAGAGGAUUUUUUCAUGCUAUCAAAAUUACUUUUAUAUGGGAAUAACAGCUCUGAAAUUACUUACUUCACACCCAUAGUACCAAAAAAGUGUUUACUUGGAAGUUCUAUAGGCAACAUCUACAUGUAGGGUAGUUACUGAGUGUGUAAUGAAAUUAAACAUAUCUAUUCAAUUGUAUGUUUCCUAUGUUAGAAGUUAAAACCUAACAUUUUAAUCCUUAAACUGAGAAAAAAAAUAGAUAGAGAAGCUAAUCAUGCCAUUCGGUUUGGUCUCAGCCUGGAACAAGCGCCGAAGAAGCAAAUCUCAAGAUCAUACCGAUCCAUGGGUUUACAAACCUGCACAACUUUGGCAACUUGAUGAUAAAGCACCGCGUCCUACGAAGAGGUUGCAUGGAUCAUCUGUUUAUACACUCAAGGAGAUGGAAGAGGCAACAUGUUCAUUCAGUGAAGAAAAUCUGCUUGGGAAAGGAGGAUUUGGCAAAGUCUACCGAGGCACUUUGCGGUCAGGAGAGGUUGUAGCAAUCAAGAAAAUGGAGCUUCCAGCAAUAAAAGAAGCAGAGGGGGAACGUGAAUUCCGAGUCGAAGUUGACAUUUUGAGCAGACUGAGCCAUCCAAAUCUUGUUUCCUUGAUAGGAUAUUGUGCUGAUGGAAAGCACAGAUUCUUAGUAUAUGAAUAUAUGCUUAAUGGGAACCUGCAAGAUCAUUUGAAUGGAAUUGGAGAAAGAAACAUUGAUUGGCCUCAAAGACUACAGGUGGCACUGGGAGCUGCAAAAGGGCUUGCUUAUCUCCAUUCAAGUUCUGAUGUUGGAAUUCCUAUUGUUCACAGAGAUUUCAAAUCUACCAACAUUCUCUUAGAUGCCAACUAUGAAGCUAAGAUAUCUGAUUUUGGGCUCGCCAAGUUAAUGCCAGAAGGACAGGAGACACAUGUGACUGCCAGAGUGCUUGGUACCUUUGGUUACUUUGAUCCCGAGUAUACAUCGACAGGAAAACUCACUCUCCAAAGUGAUGUUUAUGCUUUUGGUGUUGUUCUUCUGGAGCUUUUGACUGGACGACGAGCUGUAGAUCUAAACCAAGGUCCUAAUGAUCAAAACCUUGUACUACAGGUGAGGCACAUACUGAAUGAUCGCAAGAAGCUCCGUAAGGUGAUAGAUCCGGAGAUGGCUCGAAACUCUUACACCAUUCAGUCUAUAGUCAUGUUUGCCAAUCUGGCAUCAAGAUGUGUACGAACUGAAAGUAAUGAGCGGCCUUCAAUGGCAGAUUGUGUAAAAGAGAUCCAAAUGAUUAUCUAUACAAAUUCAAAAGGCUUGGGAAUGGUUAUGCAUAGUUUAAGACUGAUCUAAUGACACCAUAAGUUUAGACGCCAGAAUUAUGGUGAUUUCUUGUUGAAAAUAAACAGAGUGAACUAUGUUUGGUACUUUUCCAUAUAUAUACACCAGACCAAUUAAUAUUA